UGCCUUAUCUUAUGUGUCAGUCUAUCGCUGAAGUAAUUUUUAACAAUACUAGCACAAAAUGGCGGCCCUACGACUCUGCGUAAUAUUCCUGGCUCUUGCAACGAUGUCUCGUUGCUUUUUGUUAGACGACAAUUCUCUACAGAAUCUACUGAACUUGAUCACAGAGGAGAAAAAGCUGAGAUCCAGUGUUGAACAAGAGAUAAACCUGCUGCGGAAAGAUAUAGACAACAUGAAAGCUAAUCAUCAGCACGCUCUGUGUAAAUGUUCCGCUGCUGGAGUGGUAGCUUUCUCUGCAACACUUACUAAAGACAUCACUAACUUUGGAACACACCAGCCCAUUGUCUUUGACAAGGUGAUUACCAAUGUAGGCGGGGCUUACGACUCACGUCAUGGCUCAUUUCGCGCACCUGUGAAUGGAAUCUACAAACUAUCGUUUUCUGUUCUACAAGGACAAUCUACAAUGUGGAUUGGUGUAGAACUCGUUAAGGACGGUGCGGUUAUUGCACGUGUGAAGACGGGAGAUAACGGUUACUGGAACAUGGGAACUAACGUGAUCACCGCGCACCUAAAUGCCGGCGAUGAUGUCUGGGUACGUCACAUGUCCGACUCCGACAACAAACAGGUCGUAGCUCAGAGCGGAUACUUUACAUCAUUUUCCGGGCAUUUAAUUCACUCAGACUGAAACACUUCAGUUUUUUAAAUGUUAUAUGAUGAAAUAAAAGUACUCUUCUGGUUA